AUGGCCAGUAGAGUAAGAAUUAGCUUUUUCUCAAUACUCUUGAUUUGCAUUACAGCAGCAGCACAAGGAAGAAAAUCACUUUACACAACAAAUGAAUUUUUGGCACCCUCUCCGGUUAAUGGUAUCUGCAAGACAUUAGUAGAAACACAAGGUUACAAAUGUGAAGAACAUACGGUGACAACAAAUGAUGGCUACAUCUUGAGUCUGCUAAGAAUCCCGACUGGGCUUUCCGGUAAGAAAGCCGAUAAACCGCCUGUACUACUACAACACGGUCUCUUUUGUGAUGCUGCAAUAUGGUUGUUCGAUUCUCCCGAACAAUCAUUAGGGUUUAUUUUAGCAGACAGCGGAUUCGAUGUGUGGCUUGUUAACGGUCGUGGCACAAAAUAUAGCACCGGACACACAUCACUAACUACUUAUGACAAGGCUUAUUGGGAUUGGUCAUGGGAAGAAUUAGCUAAUUAUGAUCUUCCUGCAUCAGUAGAAUAUGUGUUUGAUCUUACUGGUCAAAAAAUACACUAUGCAGGUCAUUCUCAGGGUACUUUAGUGGCUUUUGUUAAUUUAUCUCAAGGGAAGCUUCUGAAUAUGUUGAGAUCAGCUGCAUUACUAAGUCCAAUUGCUCAUAUGAAUCAACUUGCUUCACCAGCAACAAAACUUGCUGCACAAUUCUUUUUAGCCAAUGUGAGUUACAUGCAAAAUAAUAGAUUAAUUUUUAUGCUUGUAUUUUUACAAAAUAAUGUAGCAAAAUUUGUGGGUGGAAUAUGCUCCACUCUAAACCAGCCCUGCAUAAACUUAAUCACAUUUUUCACAGGUCCAAAUUGCUGCUUAAAUUCUUCUAGAAUUGAUGUCUAUGUUGACCAUGAACCACAACCAACAGCAACAAAGAACUUGAUCCAUCUAUCCCAAAUGAUCCGAACAGGAAAAAUAUCAAAGUAUGAUUAUGGAAUUCUAAAUAUACUACACUAUGGACAAUUGGUUCCUCCAAGUUAUGACAUGACAAAAAUCCCAAAAGACUUCCCUCUUUUUAUCGGCUACGGAGGGAAAGAUUAUCUGUCUGAUAUAAAAGAUGUGAAAGUUUUACUCAAUGAUCUCAGUAAUCAUGAUGCUGACAAGCUUGUGGUAUUGUACAAAGAUGAGUAUGCACAUGUUGAUUUUAUUAUGGCUAUUGAUGCUAAACAAGUCCUCUAUGAUCCCAUGAUAGCUUUUUAUAACUCUAACUGA